AUCUUCUCAUUCACCCUCUCUCUCUCUCUCUCCCUCCCUCUCUCUCUCUCUCUCAUCCUGAUCAUGCUAUAUACUACUUUGCUUGGAUCUAUAAACACUCCAUCACUCACCAAAACUUGCUCAAUUUUUUUGUUUCACCAUCUUCUACUCAGUCUCUCUACAAGAAUUUCAGCAAGGAUGCGUAAUAUGAGUUCUCUUAAGCAAGAGUUUCUCCGAAGGUGGAUUAGGGGUCUCAGAAAAUAUAGCUCAAAGAAGAAGGACAUGAACUUGUUGGAGAGAAAGAAGGUGAUAAAGCUGUCUGCAGAUUUAGCCAUGGCUUCCACCAGAGACAAAACCACCCACUGGAGCCGAGCCCUUAUUGCCAACGCUUCCAGGGACAGCGGCGGCGGCGGCGACAAGGGCCUCCCGGAACACCGCCUUACAUGCUCGCCACAGAAUAAUAUUUCUUCACCACCUUGUAGGAGACAUAGGAUGAGAAGCAGGAAGAUCUUGAUAAGAAGAAACCGUACGGCUCACAGAGGAAAGGAAAAGGUGACAGCGAGUUUCAUUGCGAAGCGACUUGUCCAGAAGAGAACACGAAGGCUCAAGAGUCUGUUACCAGGUGGAGAAUUCAUGGAUGAUGUGUCUUUGGUUGAAGAAACCCUAGAUUAUAUACAAUCCCUUCGAGCUCAAGUUGAAGUCAUGAGGUGUCUUGUCUCUGCCUCCGAGCUCAUAAAAAAUCCUCCGUAAAUAUGAUAUCUCUUCCAUGGAUUGUCUCUGCAUCGCUGUUCACCGCUUAAUACAAGCACCCGUGCGAGGUGAUUAGUCAUUACUGUCAGGGAUGGAUAAUUAUCAGAAGAAAAAAAAUCAUGUGUAGUGUUUAGCUUUUUAUACUAUAUGUUUUAUUUAUAUGUAUUAAUUUGUUUUGUUUUUUUUAUAAAUUUCCAUCUCUUCACACUUUCUCUUUGGAAGCUAGAAGUGAUGGAGAAAAAGAUCGAGGCGUUCCUAUACAUAUACAUCAAGGCAAUGUACAGUGGAAAAUAUCAUAUACGUAAGUGAAGUUUUUAUAAUUUCCAUCA